UGGUUUACUGAUUAGUUAAUCUGAUGUGUUUAGUUUAAAUGGUACUUGAACGCCGUAGUGUCGACAGUUAUUUAUAUGUAGUUAUGCAGUGAAUUUAAGGAAAACCUUUUCUUUAUCAUGAUUACAUAUAUCUUUAUAGGAAUUUACGUCGCUCUGCAACUGUCAGAAUGCAAUCCAGGUCAUCACACACCGCACGGAUAUAUGACCCACUAUUAUUUCAACCGCCGUAAGGUCGAGGUGAACGACUCUCUCGUGCUUGAACUCACCAACAGAUUCUUACCGGACUACCGGAAAGACUUCCUCACGUGCGACAUCAACAUUGUGACGUCACCGACGCGCAAACUCCUUGUGCACUUUUUAUCUUUAGAAAUUUCAGACAACGAAGAAGAUCUUGACAGGUUGCAUAUUUAUGAUUACAAAGGAGGCAAUAUAGCUAGGAAAAUAUCCCCAGCCCAGGGACUUUAUGGAGUUUAUGACAAAUACUAUAGUAAAGUAUCUGGUGGGUUGUCUGACUACGUCACAAGUGGCAACAAACUAAAACUAGACUAUCAAGGCAAACCAACACUGGUGUAUGAUGGUUUUAGAAUCCUCAUCACUUCUUUCAAAGAGUCACGUGGCGGAUGUGGACCAGGCUAUUUCCGGUGUAACCGGAAGGACAUAUGUAUUCCUUUAAGCACGUGGUGUGAUGGAUACAACAAUUGCGGCAAUAAUGAUCUGAGUGAUGAAUUAAAUUGUGAUAAAGGUCUUGCAAACGCGUGGAAACCAUGGGAUGGACAGAUAACCGCGGUAGUGGCGGCCUCGGUAGCAUUUAUUGUGUUCCUUCUCACAGCAGGAGUUAUAGUUUUUGUCGUGAUGAGAAUUAAUAAGAGAAUGGUGAUCAACACAAACAUUACCGUUGAAUUUAAAAAGAAACGCAAGCCAACCCGGAAGUCAACAAAUGGUGACGUUUUGACCCGCCUUUAUGCACCUCCGUCUUAUGAAGUCGUUGUCGGAAUGGACGAGGAGCCACCUCCGUACGAUGCUGUUGAUUACGACACAGAAACUGACGAUGAAAACGACAUUUUAAAUGAACACGUGAUAGUGAACACCGAAGGCGCAUGCGCGUCUUCACCGGAAACGGAUGUUCAGACUAAAAUCCGCAUCACGUCUGCCUUAGUAACAUGUGAUAUAGAAGGGAAUCAUAUAAAGACUGCUAUAGAUAAAUCAAACGAAGAUUAUGCUAACAAUCAAAGUAAAGAGUUUCAGGAACUUACUAACUAUAAAUUGUGUUCAUCCGCUGGAGAAAGUAGUUCAAAUAGUUCAUCUAGUCUAAGUACAAGAAAAGCUCAAUUACAGAAAAGUGACAUUGAAGAUGAAAUAGAAGUUCUAGAGAGUGAGGACAGUGAAUCAUCGAAAGAUGAAAACUGUAAUAGUAAUAGUCCAAAGAAAUUUGCCAACGGUAAUUUGUUAGGAAACGGCCAUAUAAGUUCAGAAAAUACCAACGGACAUUUAAAAGUAAAGUAUAAAAGAAGUCCUUCCAAGAGAGAUGGUGAUAAAAUAGAUUAUAUGGACAGUGACUGAUAUUUAAAUCAACUUUUCUUUUAAAUAUGCAAAUAGCUGUAUCAUGCCAAAUCCGAAAAUAGAACUCAUUUCAUAAGUCCAUGUGGCAACAUAUAAUGUUGUCGCUUAAAUAUUGCCUAAUGUAACAGAACAUUUUGUACAAAUUUUCUAGCGUAUUUUUUUGUAGUUAAAUUUGAUUUA